UCGUCUGUCAGCCCACUCUUUCCAUAAGAGAGAGUAGGCAUAUUAUAUUGUUUUAUGUAUUGUCGUCAUUGAGAUGUGAGACAUAUUGCAUAUAGGCCUACGGAAGCCGAGGAGAGACGAAAUAUUUUGUCACCACCCGCGGGAAUGGCGACUGAAGAAUGUCAGACAGGCGUGAGUGGUGGACAUAGAGUGAUAGAAAGUCGUUAUGUCCUACAUAUGCCAACUUAACAUUUUCUGCAAGGUAUUUCAAAACUAUUAAUUUCCUUUGCGUAAAUCAUCCUGGAGUCUCCAAAGGAUUCCUGAAGAAGGCACGCAGAACAGAAGCAAGUUUUUAAACCAUGGCCUGAAAUGAUGAGCUAAUCAGCCUAUACAGUUGAACUCAAAUGCAUUACGUUAAGUUUUUUCCAACAAAACGAUACUUUUUUAAAACAUUUUCUUUCUUAGAUUAUUUAAUGUGGUAUUUUCUGUAAUUAAGUUAUUAGUUACUAUAAUGUCCCAUCAACUGCCGUAGGCUAUUUUGUGUUACGAAAUGGACAUUCUAUAAAAUGUUAUUGCUUUAGUUUAGCCUAUUUAAUUGCUUUGAUAUCGUUAGGAGGCAGUGGCAUUUUGACAAAUUAUUCUAAUCAUCCUUGACCGCAUCAGUGGGGCAAUGCGUGAGUAUAAAGUCGUGGUCCUCGGCAGCGGAGGUGUUGGCAAGUCUGCUCUCACCGUGCAAUUUGUGACCGGGAGCUUCAUAGAGAAGUAUGACCCGACAAUUGAAGAUUUUUAUCGAAAGGAGAUCGAGGUGGAUUCCUCCCCGUCGGUGCUGGAGAUUCUGGACACUGCUGGGACAGAGCAGUUUGCUUCUAUGAGAGACCUUUACAUCAAGAACGGCCAGGGCUUCAUAAUAGUCUACAGUCUGGUCAACCAACAGAGUUUCCAAGACAUCAAGCCAAUGAGAGAUCAGAUCAUCAGAGUUAAAAGGUACGAGAGUGUGCCGGUGAUCCUUGUGGGGAACAAGGUGGACCAGGAGGGAGAGAGGGAGGUGUCUUGUGGAGAGGGCCAGGCUUUGGCCGAGGAUUGGGGCUGUCCCUUCCUGGAGACCUCGGCGAAGAGCAAGACCAUGGUGGAUGAGCUUUUCACUGAAAUCGUCCGACAGAUGGACUCCUCCUCGCUGCCCGACAGAGAGGAAACCUGCUGCGGCUUAGCCUGCAGUAUACAGUAGCUUGCGGGGAGGCGGAUCUGUGAGAGGGUGGCGGACAGGGGGCUGGACAAAUAGGAAUACAGCUGCUCCGUCUGCAGCAUUUACCAACUCCAGGGGGGCGGCGCUGUGAGAGGGUGACAGCGGGAGGGGCCAAGACAGGACAAUACCGCCCCCAAUGAAUAAAACAUGUUUGUGAUGGUGAGCUAUCGAAGUCUUUAGGUCUUUAGGUCUCAGGCAAGGUUACUCUUCAUGCGACAGUGGUACACCGAACACCGAACUCCCUCAAUUACACAUUCGCCAGAGAAGCAUUUGGAAACAGGGGUGAAAGAAAACAGAUAAACAUUGUAGGCCUACAUAGUGUGUUGACUCAAAAGGAUGGGGCAGAGCAUGGGACACUGUUGAGUACGUAGAAUCAAACUCACCAAGACAGAAGGACGGACAGAAGCACGGACAGACAGACAGAAAGACAGUCUAAGGGCUCUAUUAAAUCUGUAUCGCGAAAGUUUAGCCUUACAGCGUGAUAGAAAUGUAAAGCCAAUUUUCCGGUGUUAGCGGAGACUGCAUUUACGGUAAACACUGCAUACUGUAUGUCGGACUCAAUUGGAAUUUACAUUUCUAUUGUGCAAUCUGUAAUGCUUCACAUAGUUUAGGUUGACGUUGUCUGUGCAUCUUGGUUAACAUACACAACAAAUUGUUUGCCUUGUUACCUGAGGUUCGUGGUUGACUUCAGAUGUUUUAUAUGUGUACAGUUAUAUUUAAUCUCCCACUUCGGUUUUGUUUUGCACCUCAAUAUAUACAUUUACAACAAAUGUGGAAAAAUAGUAAAAUGUAUUUAAUGACAUUUGUACAAUUAUUAAUAGGCUACAAUACAAAUAUCAGUAUCAUACAGAUGUAGGAUCUUAAUUUGAUCACUUUUGUUGAUGAGAAUUUUCCUGCACAGCCGGAAAUGCAAACAUGUAGUGUAUUCAAGGUUUCAAAAGGCUUCCAAAUUUUUACAUUUCCACUUCAAAAUUUCAGACUUGAAUUUCAGACUUGUAAAAAGUAUCAACCCCUACAAAAAAAAUGUAAUUCAUUAUUAUCCACAUAAUAAUUCACAUUUCCUGUUGCUGCUGUAGCAAACUGGCUCAAAUGAAAAUCCUACAUGUGUAAACGAUAUAAAUUAUAUAAGUGUGUUAGUUAUUAGAUCAUCAUGUUUUUAUGAAACUCCAGACUUUGAACAUGACUUCCCACACCACAUUUUACAGGCUUUUAUAGUCAUAUUUUUGAUUAGGUUGUGUUUCUGUAUGCCUUACAAAAAACGAACUGUGUGAGUCAGACUGGUGAUUUAUGUAUCCAGUAACAAUCUACUGGAUGUUGUGCUGUUGGAAUAGAAUGGAACCUGGUAAAUACAAUGCAAUUAUGAGGAGAGAAAGGGCUGAUGGUAUUUACUGCCAAUAUUUAUCCUGUUGGGUAAAAUCAGUGUGUUUGCGGUAAAGGUCUCCGUCCCAAAUUGCACCCUAUUCCGUAGUGCACUAUUUUUGAGCAGAGUAUGCCCUAUGGGUAUAUAAAAUCAUAUUGGAACUCUGUCAAAUGAUAUGGCUCCCGAGUGGUGCAGCGGUCUAAGGCACUGCAUCUCAGUGCAAGAGGCGUCACUACAGUCCUUGGUUCAAAUCCAGGCUGUAUCACAUCCGGAUGUGAUUGGGAGUCCCAUAGGGCGGUGCACAAUUUGCCCGGGUUUGGUCGGGGUAGGCCGUCAUUUUAAAUAAGAAUUUGUUCUUAACGGACUUGCCAGGUUAAAUAACAACAAACUACUUUUUGUAUGUAAUUUGUUCCUCUGUUGAAAUAGUGGAGGGCAGUUCAAUGACCCUGACCUGCAGCAGUGAUGCCAACCCACCAAUGACCUGGUGUCAACCUCAGCAAAAGUAUCAGGUGUCAGUAAAUACUGGAUUUCUGUGUGCACAAAGUAAACCACUCCAAUUCUACCCAAUAGAGAGAUAAGAUAUUGUAAAAAAAAAUAGCUGUGGGGUGGAUGACGUGCGCGUGCGCACACACACACUAGGGUCGGGGUGGACAGCGGAUCUGUCUCAUGUACCAGCCAGAUUGAAGUUUGUGUUGGAGAAUGCAUUCAGAUACACAAAUACUGUGGGGGGAGACAUUGUGGUACAAGUUACAUGUAGAGGACAUCUAGGAAACAUCCCAAAUGGCACACUAUUCCCUAUUUAGUGCACUAUUUUUGCCCAGGGUCCAUAGGGAAUAAGGUGCAAAUUGGGACACAGGGAUUAGUUGCAUAGGAGGACAAUUACAUUGGCUUGCGAAAGUAUUCACCCCCUUGGCAUUUUUCCUAUGUUGUUGGCUUUCAACCUGGAAUUAAAAUUGAUUUUUGGGGGG